AUGGGAGAAAAGGGCCUUCCAGGCUUGGAUGGCAAGAAAGGCAAAUCUGGAAGGCACGGUGAGGAGGGCGCACCUGGUGUGAAAGGCAGUGUUGGAGAAAUGGGUCCUAAAGGGCCCAUCGGCCUGCCCGGUCCUAAAGGUGAAACUGGCGUUCAAGGCCCCAGAGGAAAACUUGGGGAACGUGGCUCCUCUGGAGAGGGUGGUGAUCCGGGAGAUCCUGGUCCAGACGGAAUGGAUGGCGGUUCUGAACGCGGUGCGAAUGGAGACAUUGGCUUGCCUGGGGAACCCGGUAUAAAGGGCUUGAAGGGACCUGAUGGAAAGUCAGGCGGUCCAGGACCCAAGGGUAUCCAAGGCGAUCCCGGUUUUCCUGGCAGGCCCGGAGAAAUGGGUGAUCGCGGUUUGCCAGGACAGAAAGGCGAAGCUGGCAUUCAAACCCAGGGCAGUAUUGGGCCAAAAGGGUACAAAGGUGACCCAGGGCCGCAGGGCCUUUCGGGAGAAAAAGGAGACAGAGGAGUGGACAAUAGACCAGACCUCACGUUGAAGGGGGUUAUAGGUGGGCCAGGCCCAAUGGGCGAGGCUGGACGGCCAGGCCAACCAGGAGUACAGGGUCCUCAGGGGGACCCCGGCCCUAGUGGUCAGAAUGGCGAGCUGGGAGAAGAUGGUCUGCCUGGGCCUCAAGGAGACAGGGGACCGAAAGGCUUGCAAGGUGACAAAGGCGAAAUGGGCAGCAAAGGAAGCAAAGGCAACCCCGGCGCUUUUGGACCUCAAGGCGUGCGAGGCCCUCAGGGUAAGGAAGGACCCAAGGGCUUCAUUGGUCCCAAAGGUGUCAAGGGUGAACGAGGAGAUUCAGGGCUACCGGGAGCUGCAUUGAUUGGUCAGAAGGGCAGAAUGGGGCUAAAAGGUAAAGUGGCAGAUAAACUUAUAUUCACAUUUUUUAUCCUUCUUCGUCUAAAUAUGAAUUGCUUUUGCUAA